AUGGCUCGCACCAAAAUAACAAGACGCAAGAACCCUAGCUCACUGGCACCAUCAUCAUCUCCUUCACCAUCUCCAGUUUGUUCACCAUCACCUCCACCAAGACCAACACCUCCACAUUCAUCUACGGAUAGAACAUUCUUUGAUUACAUGUCUUCAUCACCAGAGUCUAGUCCCCCAUCGAUCACAUUGGAGCCUCUUGCCACCAUUCUUCCUCCACUGUAUCAAUGCACUCUUCAUUCAAUCAGUCAAGCUCCACCUCAUCUUCAUAAGUCCCUCAACCCUAGUUCCAGCAUUUACUCUUCCAAAAGAAGAUCAAUGCAAGUUCUGGCAGGUAUUGGCACUUCAAAGUCGAAAAAUAUAGACACAACGAUCUAUAAAAUUUCUUAUGAUGAUACUGAACCCUCACCACCACCACAAAUUCCCAAAUCACUAACUGCUCAUACAUCACAACCCUCCAAACCUUCAAAAAAAUCUCCUUCCAAAGUGAUUUCAUCCAAAAACACACCUUCUAAAACUAAACCAAUGAUUUCUAAGUCCAACUCGUCUUCAACACUCUCUCAGUUUUUAACCUUUAAAAAAUAA